GUUGAACUGUGAUCACUUCCUGUUUUCAUUUUUUGUUAGCAAUGGUCUGAAGUAGCUGCCAACGGAUUUGAUCUUGGUAAACCACCGAAAUGUCUUCGAAACCCACUUGUCUAAUUGUGGCCAGUGCAGCUGCACAAGGAGUGUCUGCUCCGUCAUUCCAUCAAGCCUUCUGUCUCUGCAGUUCAGUGUUCAACCUGCAGACUGCUACACCAGGGGGCAAGCCCAUUGAUUUUGUCGGGGUGGAUGAAACCACGGCCAGAUGGGUCCAAGACUUCAGCCAAAAGUCUUUUGCAACCCCAGCCAAGCUGGAGUCAAUAGACGGUGCUCGGUACCAAGCUCUGCUGAUUCCAGACUGUCCUGGGGCGCUCACUGACCUGGCACACAGUGGCUCUCUGGCACGCAUCCUCGCACACUUCACCUCACAGCAGAAGGCGGUGUGCGCUAUAGGACAAGGGGUAUCUGGUCUGUGCUGCGCCAUAGUAGAGGGACAGAAGUGGAUCUUCACAGGCUACAGUCUCACUGGGCCGUCUGUGUUUGAGUUGGUGAGGAGCCCAGACUUUGCCAACCUGCCUCUGAUCGUGGAGGACUUUGUCAAGGACAGCGGAGGAUCGUACACCGUCAGGAGGAUGCCGUGCAUGUAGUGAUCGACAGACACCUGGUGACCGGACAGAACACCCUGUCUACGUCAGUCGCUGUCAAUAACCUCAUCAUGCUCUGUAAUGGAAAGUAACAUGUCUUCAGUUCUUCAGUGGGGACCAAGCUAAAAAGCCUUGGGCCGGGAUUCAAUCCGAUCAUGCUUUGACGGCUAUGCGCCAUUUUUAAAAAGGUUUAAUUCAGCCAUUGAAUCGACAAAUGCAGCGUUGAUCAUGAAUGCGUGGGAAUAUUGCCUUUUAGGAGCUACUGCCUUUGAAAAGCAACAUCCAUUUGGAAAAUGGCCAAUUUGGCGUCGAUGUGAGUUAGAAACAGUUGUUCUACUGUCAAAAUUGACAGAGUAAAUCGGAUAAUUUUGGUCAUAAAGUGGGUCUCGUCUAAAAUGGAGUUUGGAACAUCUGUGCGUCACAAUUGGGUAAAUGAAGGUUGGGUUUUGACGAUGUCUAUUUACUCACUAACAUGGGGUGAACAGCAGCUGUGAUUGCUUUCUAUCCA